GCAUAUUUUGGGGGCACCAGGAGUGGAUCUAAAGCCCCCCUCCCUUUCUCCUGGCUGUAAACAUGGGAGCUGCUACUAAGCUGGCCUUUGCUGUGUUCCUUAUCUCCUGUUCUUCAGGAGCCAUACUUGGAAGAUCUGAAACCCAAAAAUGCAUCUUCUACAAUGCGAGUUGGGAAAAGGAUAAGACGAAUCGCAGCGGAAUAGAGACCUGCUACAGUGACAAUGACAAGAGGAGGCAUUGCUUCGCCACGUGGAAGAAUGUGUCUGGAUCUAUCGAAAUUCUCAAACAAGGGUGCUGGUUGGAUGACAUCAACUGUUACGACAGGAAUGAUUGCGUUGAGAAGAAGGAGAACCCGGAUGUGUUUUUUUGCUGCUGUGAAGGCAAUAUCUGCAAUGAGCGCUUCAUUCAUGUACCCGAGAUGGAAGUCACACAACCCACCUCAAAUCCCGUUACACCCAAACCGCCUUUAUUCAACACUUUGCUGUACUCGCUGGUGCCUAUCAUGGGGUUCGCGGUCAUAAUCCUUUUUUCGUUUUGGAUGUAUAGACAUCACAAGCUCGCAUAUCCACCCGUCUUGGUUCCUACGCAGCACGCCUUUCACAUUAUGAUAGAGGAUCCGGGGCCGCCGCCGCCGUCGCCUCUCCUGGGCCUGAAGCCUCUGCAGCUGCUGGAGGUCAAAGCGAGAGGGAGGUUCGGCUGCGUGUGGAAAGCUCAGUUAUUACACGAGACCGUGGCUGUCAAGAUAUUCCCGCUGCAGGACAAGCUGUCUUGGCAGAACGAAUAUGAAAUUUACAGCCUUCCUGGCAUGAAGCACGAAAACAUCUUGCAUUUUCUCGGCGCUGAAAAGCGAGGCACGAAUCUUGACACCGAUCUUUGGCUGAUAACCGCUUUCCAUGAAAAGGGCUCGCUCACCGAUUUCCUGAAGGCGAACGUCGUGUCUUGGAAUGAACUUUACCAUAUAGUUGAAACCAUGGCCCGGGGCUUGGCGUACCUCCACGAGGAUAUCCCGGGCCUGGAAGAUGGACACAAACCAGCAGUAGCCCAUAGGGAUAUCAAGAGCAAAAAUGUGCUCCUUAAAAACAACCUGACCGCCUGUAUAGCAGACUUCGGUCUGGCUCUGAAGUUUGAAGCUGGGAAGUCCGCCGGGGACACGCACGGACAGGUCGGGACUCGGAGGUACAUGGCCCCGGAAGUAUUAGAAGGCGCGAUCAAUUUCCAGAGAGACGCGUUCUUAAGGAUAGACAUGUAUGCGUUUGGAUUAGUUCUCUGGGAACUCGCCUCCAGAUGCACGGCUUCAGAUGGUCCCGUGGAUGAAUACAUGUUGCCGUUUGAAGAGGAAGUCGGCCAGCAUCCGUCGCUUGAAGACAUGCAAGAAAUAGUGGUGCACAAAAAGACGAGACCCAUUCUAAGGGAGUGCUGGCAGAAACACGCGGGCCUGGCGAUGCUUUGUGAGACUAUAGAGGAGUGCUGGGAUCACGACGCCGAAGCCAGGUUAUCGGCCGGCUGCGUGGUGGAGCGAAUCAUUCAGAUGCAGAGACUCGCGAGUAUCACGACCGAGGACAUUGUAACGGUGGUCACGAUGGUCACGAACGUGGACUUCCCCCCCAAGGAAUCCAGUCUAUGAUGGCCGCGCGUGGACGUGCGCAUCUACUCACCGGACUCCCGCGCGGAGCCGCUAAGCUAAAGGAUCCGCUUCUGGACAAACACGGAGUCUUUCACGCGAGGGGGAAAAAAAAUAUAUAUAAAAGGACCCGGGAAUGGGUUGGUCUUUCCUCGGAGACGCUCGACGACACGGAUCCACAAGACUUAUUUCAUUCCACGGAAAGGCCGGGCGGCCGUGUGACUUGCAACGACUUUGCAAUAAGUUUUAAGGAAUGAAACAAAAUAUAUAUAUAAUGAAGAAAUAAGGACCUUUCUGGCUAAUAAACUGACACCGGUUUUCUAAACGCGUCAGAAAAAAAAAAAAGACUAAUAUCUUAAGAGAACUACUUACUGUUAUUAUUUUUUUUUUUAAAUCAAAGCAUUUCAUUUCAGAUUUUAAAAAAAAAGGGUAACGGUUUUUAUUGCAUUUGCUGUUGUGUUUCUAUAAAUGACUAUUGUAAUGCCAAUAUGACACAGCUUGUGAAUGUUUAGUGUGCUGCUGUUAAAUGUAUAUAUUAACCCUUAAAUACUCGGUGGAACAUUUAAACGAGGCUUCCAAGCAUACUUUCAACCUCCUUCAACCAAGGUAUACCUCAGUUCCACAACUCUAAAUUAAAUUAUACAAUUGAAAACACUAAGAUUUUAAUAAAUCGUUCCUUUUACCUUUUUUUUUUU